AUGAUUUUGUUCCCUCGCGUGAAACUUCCUUAUCGAAAUUUACCAGCGAAUAUUACUGUAACUAGUGAUGAGCAACAGAGUUCAGUACGAUUUCAUUGCUCAUCGUCCGUGUCCCUUGGUCGUGUCAUUCAAAUCGCUUGUCAAUUAUGGAAAUUAAACAAACGAUUCUAUCGUUUAACACUGGCCGAUGAUUCAAAUGUGGAUGAUGAUUAUGCAUUAGAUGAUAUCGAUGAAUCUAUUGAUGAUUUGCAAUUGAAAUUAAUAUCCAUGGCCAAUGUCAAAUGUACGAUUAGCAACAGAAUCGAAUUAUCACGAUUCCGGCAACGGAUACAACACUAG